AUGCCUCUCAUUAACGAGUCUCACGAUUCCCUUCCGUAUAUCGAUGCUGCUCCUUCAACCCAAGCUCGAGCAAAUGCGGAGCGACUGAUCUCCGCAGAGCUUUCCCCAGAUCAUUCGUCGACAAUUCACCCAUCCAUCCCCGCGUUCCCCGAGCCACGAUUAUCUCCCCUCAUACAGCAAGAAGUCGAACGGAAGGCAGCUGGACAGCCGCUGACAGGUGGAAUUGACCUAUCACGUUAUGAAGCCCCAGAAGCCCCUUCUCGAGGGGCGGAUUCUAAUCCAAAUCUCGAUGAGUGGCGCCAAACCUUGCAAAAGGCUUACACAGCCAGCUCUCACUUGUCCAUGAGACACGAGAAUCUGGCGCUCCUGGAGGAAAAUGGCAAGAAUGCGUGGCUGAUUGGUAACUCCCAGCUGGAAGACAUCCUGCGAAACCUUGAAAAGGAAUUGGCGGAAACCAAGGAGGCUGCGGAAACGGUCAACAAAGAGAGGAAAAUUGCACAGGAAGCCAGGCAAGGAGAGCUUGCGGGGCUGGAAGAAACUUGGAAGCGUGGAGUUGGUGCGAUUCUCGACGUGGAAUUGGCUGCAGAGGGCCUACGGAUGCAAAUAUUGGAGCAAAGACGUCAGUUUGCACAGCAGCAGCACGCGCGGUAA